AUGGGCGUCCACGUCGAGACUCUUGCUGAAGGCGAUGGCUUGAACUACCCCCAGCCCGGCGACACCGUCACCAUGCACUACGUCGGUAGGCUCACCAACGGCAGUGUUUUCGACUCCAGCAGAGAUCGCAACAAGCCUUUCGUCACGCAGAUUGGUAUAGGGCGCGUUAUCAAGGGCUGGGACGAGGGGGUACCGAAGUUGUCACUCGGCCAGAAGGCGGUCCUCACGUGCACGCCUGACUACGCGUACGGCCCGCGAGGCUACCCACCUAAGAUCCCCGAGAACGCGACUCUCAAAUUCGAGGUCGAGUUGCUCAAGAUCAACUAG